ACGCGGCUGCGCAGAGCACGGCUUCCUGAGUGUCUGGUGGCGGCGGCCAUUUUGUGGUGCUUCUUCCCUCUCCUGUUCGGGCUGCGGUGUCGGGACCUGGCGAGGGGGCGAGACGGAGCGGGGGGAGCCGGGGCCCUCACCCUCACCUUCCCUUCGCCUCCCUGCGCGGCGGAGCCCCCCUCCGGCGCUGCCCCCGGGUGCAGCUGAGAGCGGCGCUCGCCCACCAUUAUGGAAGACGACGGGCAGCCCAGGACCCUCUAUGUAGGAAACCUCUCCAGAGAUGUGACUGAAGUUCUUAUACUUCAGUUAUUCAGCCAGAUUGGACCAUGCAAAAGCUGUAAAAUGAUAACAGAGCAACCCGAUAGCAGAAGGGUCAACUCUUCUGUUGGAUUUUCUGUUUUGCAGCAUACAAGCAAUGACCCUUAUUGCUUUGUGGAAUUUUAUGAACACAGAGAUGCAGCUGCUGCAUUAGCUGCUAUGAAUGGGAGAAAAAUUUUGGGAAAGGAGGUCAAAGUAAACUGGGCAACAACACCAAGUAGCCAGAAAAAAGAUACAUCCAAUCACUUCCAUGUGUUCGUUGGGGAUUUAAGUCCAGAAAUAACAACAGAAGACAUCAAGUCAGCAUUUGCUCCUUUUGGUAAAAUAUCGGAUGCACGGGUAGUUAAAGAUAUGGCAACUGGAAAGUCAAAAGGCUAUGGUUUUGUAUCUUUUUAUAACAAACUGGAUGCAGAAAAUGCUAUUGUACACAUGGGAGGCCAGUGGUUGGGAGGCCGUCAGAUCAGAACUAACUGGGCAACACGGAAACCACCAGCCCCCAAAAGUACACAAGAAAAUAAUACAAAACAGUUGAGAUUUGAAGAUGUAGUAAAUCAGUCAAGUCCAAAAAAUUGUACUGUGUACUGUGGAGGAAUUGCCUCUGGGCUAACAGAUCAACUUAUGAGACAGACUUUUUCACCAUUUGGACAGAUUAUGGAAAUAAGGGUGUUUCCAGAAAAAGGUUACUCAUUUGUCAGAUUUUCAACCCAUGAAAGUGCAGCACAUGCUAUUGUUUCAGUUAAUGGAACCACAAUUGAAGGACAUGUUGUUAAAUGUUAUUGGGGUAAAGAAUCCCCUGAUAUGACUAAAAACUUCCAACAGGUGGAUUACAGUCAGUGGGGGCAGUGGAGCCAAGUAUAUGGAAAUCCACAACAGUACGGGCAAUAUAUGGCUAAUGGGUGGCAAGUACCAUCGUAUGGAAUGUAUGGCCAAGCAUGGAAUCAACAGGGUUUUGGAGUAGACCAAUCUCCAUCUGCCGCCUGGAUGGGUGGAUUUAGUGCUCAGCCUGCCCAGGGACAAGGUGCUCCUGUAAUACCUAACCAAGCUGGAUAUGGUAUGGCAAGCUACCAAACACAGUGAGCUGGGACUCUGUUUAAAAGUGUGUAUUUCAUGAUAGGCUGCAGUUUCCAGUGACAUUCUGAAGACUGGAAUGUAGACAAUGAAAAAAGAAAAUAUUUAUUUUAAAAAUGGAAAUGUUUGGAACCUUUAGCACAGCUUUGCUUUGGUGAAGGACACAAAUGUCUUCUAGUUCUGCCUUUUUAAGUUUUUGUUCAUGAUGGAUAUGAACAUGUUUUUCUUUGUGUACAAAAAUUAAAAAUAAAGUCAAUAAAGACAAUUCUGACUACAAAUUUUGAUAUAGUAGGAGAAAUGGCUAAUGAAUUUGAUCUUUAGGUUACCAUUCCAUUUUUUUGUUCUGUCUUCAGUGUUUUAUAUCACUGUGCUUUUUAAGAGAUAUGACGUUGAAAAACAGCAAGUUGCUUUUAGUUGAACACACAUCCUGAAAUAAACUGUGGACCAAUCAUUACAACCUGCUAGACAGUAUUGAUUUUUCAAGAAACUUACGGGCAUAGCUCAGAAAAUGUAUGUAGGUCUUGGAAUAAUUUUUUAAAAAAAUAUUUAAUUUUUCUACAUGCUUAAAGAAAAGUCCGAUACAAAAAAUAGUUCAGUCUAAAAUGAAAAACAGUACUGUCUGAGUAAUUUCACAUAACUUUGUCCACAUUCAGGCACACAUUAAAACUUUUCAGAGCUGGUUUGCUUAUUAAGACUGCAGUAAUUUGCAUUUAAUUUUGAGAAGUAAAAACGUUUUUGCAAGUAUGUUGUCUGUAUUCAAGUCAGACAGGCAUACUUGUGCUUUUACAUAAAGUUUGAAGGCUACACAUUGUAAAUAUUUCAUAAUUACAGUGUUUCAAAAGCAUGCUCAAACAUAGAAGUAGCAAUGUAAUUAUUCAAAGUAAUACUUAAUAUACUCUACUGCUUUAAAUGCAGUAGAUUGACAAGAAUGUGCAAGACUGACAUUUCCAAAGUUGGCUAUUAUGUAAAGUUACAUAAAGAACUAUAACAAAGAGCCUUAAUUUUAAUUUCAUAAAUCUUUAAUGCAUCACCUUUUUGUCAUUAAAAAUACGGAUUUUUUUGCUUUACAUUAUUUGGUAUGUAAAUACCUUGGUUAACAACCUUGUAAACCUAUUUCAAGGUUAUUAUAAGUUGUAUAGUAUCUUGAGUGUUUUGAAAAAUCUUGAUGUUUUUUAAGUCUAGAAAUAUUUUGCCCAAGAAUUUUUUAACAAGAUUGUUAAAAACAUCUUAUUUUAGAGAAUAUUCAAUGUGCCAUUUGGUAAAUGGAGAUGCAGUUGAAACAGUACACUGAGUUGUGACUUAUUUUUAAUUAAAGUUUUUGUCUUUAUGGGUGGUUUGCAUGUGAUGAACCUGUACAGAGGCUGGGUUGUUUGUGUACUGAGUGUGUAAAUGGAUAAAUCAUGAAGAUGUUUAAAUGGUAUACUUGGGUUAUUUCUGAAUUAUUUUAUGGAUACAUUGAUAUAAACUGCCUCAAUAAAUUUGAAGUUGAAAAUGAAUGUAAGUUAGAUAUAAGUACUGUGUCUUACCUGUGACAGCUAGGGGGUGCAAAUGUUUCAGCUGUAUACUGAAAUACACUGAGGCAGGCACAAUUAAAAAGUAAAUAGGAUUUGCAGUGAUAGUUCAGUGAAGCAAACUUGCAUUUUAAAAGAAACAGAAUGUUUGAUUUUCGAGAUGAUGGUUCCAAAUGAGUGUCUGAGAAGCUGCAUAUUUUAUUUUCUGUUUCUUACCAUGCAGGUGUUGCAAGUUAGAAUAGAUUUUGAAAUGGAAACUUGCAGUUUUGUUAAAACUAGCCAGGUUGUGCAAAUAACUACACUUAAUGCUGUAGCAAAUCACAUGAGGUUUUUUUUCCUCUUCUACUUGACAUGCUAAAUAGUACCUUGACUUUUAGAUCAGGUUGAAAGUGAGAUAUACUGGAAGAGCAAUUUAGUCAGUUGGCUCAACUGUACCCAGAGAUCCUUGUAACUCUGGGCAUCUAAUGCAUGCAAUAAUGACUGAAGUUAGUGUGGAACCGUAAGUGCUUGUGAUGACAGAAUUGGCCCUUUAUCUCUGUUUCUCCUUUAUGGUAUAUGUAGUGUUUUUCUGCUCAAGUUAGGAAUCUUGUCUACAGGACUCUUGUUUUUCUAUAAAUUUUGUAUAUAUGUGUAUAUCUACGCGAGGAUCGGCCUAUACAUUGUAGUUUGGAAAAAAAAUCACAAGUAAGUCUGCAUUUUUGUUACACUUCUCCGGUUUAAAAAAAAAUCACGAGUCAGUAGAUAUAUGAAUUACAAGUUACUUGAGGAUUUCUUAGACUUCACUUGAAAUCUGGGGUUUCUACAUAGUCAUGUGUCAGACACCUAGAAUUAUGUUCUGGAUGCAUGCUGGUAUGUAAGCAGUAUGUUCUUUAGGCGCUACUGAAGAUUUCGAUGAUGCAACUACAUUGCCACAUAAAUGCCCAUAUGAAUGGGUGUAAGAUUAAGGCAGUGAUCUUUCAGGUCUCAAUGCAUAGAUCACCUUAAAUCUGAUGAUUUAAUAUGCCUGCUGUAGAGCUGGGCCGUACCUGACCUGUAUUUCAGGAUGAAAGAUAGGAUAUACUUUCUCAUUUAAGUCUUUUUGUCAUUGAUUUUUAUACAGCUUUUCUUUAAGGGUGAUAUUUCUUCACAGACUACUCAAGGUAUGGGAGUCUCCAGUGUCCUUUAAUGUUUCUAUAGCACUGCGAGGAAGAGUUGUAAUUUGGAUUGCUUUCUACUCGGUAGCGUUCAUAAAUGCAUCACUGACAAUUUUUUGGCACCAAAGAGCCUCUUGCAUCAUACUGCUUUUAUGAGCGACUGUUACACUGUUGUAAUUUCUCUAACUACAGAAAUCAACCACUAUCUAACCCCUUCCCACUAGGAUUUGGAUUUCAGAAAGUAUUGAUUUAUCAUGGCUUAAGUUCAUGCGUGCAACCUGAAACAAGGUUGUAAUCUGCAUUUGCAGAAAAUGUUCAAUAAAAGUGAAACAUGAUAAAGGGCUUAUCCUGUUUUGUCUUCUGUCAAAACAUUGUCCAUCCUUGCUGUAAAACUGACAACAGGCAUACAAGGCUGAACUUGUAAACUAUGCACUUGCAAUCAUGUAAAAGAUGUUUUAUUUAAAAUUUUUUCAUACAAAAUCUUUUUGUAUUUUGCAGAGUUGCAGUAAAUCUAAGGUCACGUGUAGCUUUUCAUCAGUCCUGCCUCCUUGUGUAUAUUUGUGAACAGUUUUCAGACAUACUCUUCCUGCAGAACCUUCUUCCUUACGAAGAUAAUUUCAUGAGACAGCUAUUCACUGUAUCAGAACCAUUUCCUUCAUUUCACUCGCCAAAAAAGUCUCACAGUGAAUAAGGCUUAGUUUUGCAGAAAACCAGUGAUUUGUUUUUCUUGUGUUUGUACACAAGGAAGCAGACUUAAACUGUAUGGACAUGAUUAGUGUCUGAUACUUCUUAAUUAUCUGACUGUUUUUGAACAAGGGCACAAGUCUUUGUUUUAAUCACGUGGAACUGUUUCCUGGUCAGCAAUAAAAGAUUUUGUUGCACUGUUCUUACAUGGCAAGAUACAGGCAAUCUUUUAUUCAGUAUACUUAAAAAAAAAAAAGGAUGGUGUUUUUGAAGAACUGCCUUUUUUCAACUUGAAUCUUCAUACACAGAUACAGUUUGGGAUCUGGAUUGCUGCUGUAAUAGCAAAAGGAAGUUGUUCUUUUGAAACUGAGAGUUUAUUUGUUCUGAUCAUAGGUGAUGCCUACUCAACAUUGGUAGAUUUAAGGGGUUUGCUAUGUAAUAUUUCUGUUCAUAAAAAGGCAACUGCAAGGCAGUACUACUGGGAAGGUCUUUGUCGUGUUUCAUUUCAGCCAAUUUCAGUGAAUCAAAAAAAAUUAAAAAUAUAUUUGUG